AUUUUUUAUUUUUUUCCCUCUUUAAGUUAUAUCAGUUGUAAAACCCUAAACCCUCUUUAAUUUUUUUUCCCCCAAAAACCCAGCGGUGCAAAUCAAUUUUGCUUUCCGAAAAAUCAGAAAUUCAACAAAACGUAUUGAUUCCAAUAUGUCCAGAGAAUCAAGCAGCAAUGGGAAUUGUGAUUCCUUAGUUCAGUUCACUAAUAUGCGAAUUGACGAAGAAGGUGGAGAUGGAGAUGUAGACGUAGAUGAAGAAGAAGCUCCAGUCGGCUUAGGUUUUGUCGAAAAACCGGAACAUGAAUGGUCACUUCUGCGCCAUCUAUUCCCGAGCAAAGCUGGAGGAACUCCUGCUUGGUUGGAUCCGAUUAACUUGCCUUCUGAUAAAUCAUAUUUGUGUGACAUCUGUGGCGAACCUCUUCGAUUCCUGCUUCAGGCUUACGCACCUCUCACAGAUAAGGAAUCAACAUUCCAUAGAACCUUAUUUGUAUUCAUCUGCCCCUCAAUGUCAUGCCUUCUCCAAGACCAACACGAGCAAUGGAAACACCACCCAGACAAGGGAUCUCGGAGUAUUAAGGUCUUUCGUUGCCAACUCCCUCGCAACAAUCAGUUUUACUCCAGUGAAGCACCUAAAAACAAUGGCAGUGACAAGCCUUUAGGAACAUCAGCUCCACUUUGUAGUUGGUGUGGUACAUGGAAAGGAGAUAAAAUAUGUAGCAACUGCAAAACAGCACGUUAUUGUUCCAAGAUACACCAGACUAUUCACUGGAGUUCAGAUCAUAAAGGGCAAUGCAGAUCAUUAGAAGGAUCCAAAGACACUGCACCAAAAGCGGAUUGGCCAGAAUAUGAGAUCAUCAAUGAAGAUGAAUCUGAAUUCAACACAGAAGAAUCUACCACUAAUGAAGAUGGAAAUCCUUUAAUUACUGAAUAUGAUCCUGAAUUUGAUGUAAAAAUGCCAGAAUUACGAAAGGCUUUACUUACUACUGAUAACGAGGACGAAGGUGAUACAAAGACUUGGGAAUCUUUCCGCAAAAGAAUAGCCCUUGCACCCGAUCAGGUGUUAAGGUAUUCUAGGCAUGUGGACUCUAAACCAUUGUGGCCAAUGUUAAGUGGGCAACCAUCAAGGCAUGAGAUACCUAAAUGUACUUCUUGUGGUAGCGAUCGUGCUUUUGAAUUUCAGAUUUUGCCACAGUUGCUAUACUACAUGGAUGUUAAAAAUGAUACCAACUCCCUUGAUUGGGCAACCAUUGUUGUGUAUACUUGUGAGGCUUCUUGUGAUGGGAGUUUCGCAUAUCAAGAAGAAUUUGCUUGGAAUAUAGAAUACAUAUUUGGAGGAUGGUCGAUGAUUGUCAAUAGAUAA